CGCGCCAUCUGUCCUUCGCGGCGGGAGGCGGGACGACAGUCCACUCGGAGGAAACAUCAGAGCGAGGAAGCCGAAGGAGUCUCGAAGGCUGUUUUCGCCGCACAGCUGAUGUGCGUGCGGACGCGCGCAUCGUCGCGUCGACUCACUUCCACCAGGGAUUCAUGCUGAUUCAUGCCGCUCGCCUGACGCACCGAACGAGAUGGCGAGCAGCGCGGGUGACGAGGGUUCGCGGGGGCCGCAGUCCAACGAGGAGGUCAUAGAGGAGAUCACCAAGGACCUGAAGAGCUCCUGCAUCCGGGGUGCGAGCCGCGCGUCGACGGAUGGCCCGUGGGACGUCGAGGAGCGCGACGGGGUCGACGACGACGCGCAAGACGCGGACGCGCCACCUGCGGAGGACGUGGACGAGGAGCUGCUCAAGGACCGAGACUUGUUACUCACGGAAAGCGAACGGGAGGCAUUGAAAUGCCAAGCGGAGAGUCUGAAGCAGGUGGGCAAUGACCUCUUCAAGAGCGGCGAGUACGUGCAGGCGAUAUCGCGGUACACGCAGGGAUUGCAAACUUGUCCCUUGGCGUUUAGCAACGAGAGGUCUAUAUUGUAUGCAAACCGCGCGGCGGCGAGAGCAAAGUGUCAGCCAGAGAAGGAUUCGGCGAUAGCCGAUUGUACCAAAGCCAUCGAGUUGAAUUCCAGCUACGUGAAGGCGUAUAUAAGGAGGGCGCAGUUGUACGAGGAGACGGACAAGCUGGACGAGGCGUUGGAGGACUUCAAGAAAGUAUUGACAUUCGAUUCUAGUCACACGGAAGCUAAUUACGCUGUCAGGAGGCUACCUCCGCUAAUUAACGAGAGAAACGAGAAACUGAAGGCGGAGAUGUUAGGUAAACUGAAGGAUCUAGGGAACAUGGUUCUGAAACCGUUUGGCCUUUCUACGAAUAACUUUGAGUUGCAGAAGGAUCCCAACAGCGAUGGUUAUUCCGUAAAGUUCCACCAGAACCCCAUGUAACAAGCUAGUUAUAUGUUUCUUAUUCAUAAAAAAAAACGAUAAAAGUUGUCCUCUAUCUGUAAGAAAUUAAGAUAUAUUUGUAUACAUUCUACACGGA